UUCUAGUUAAGAAUAAUGUAAACGCGAACGCGUCGCGUCGGUUGGUUAUCGCUUACGUUCAUUAAAAAAAAUUAAAGAGGCAAAAGUUUCAGACGAGUCUUUAUUAGAAAUGCGUGCUUUUAAUUAAGUUUGAAAAAUGGCAAACUUUGCUGGGGUUUUGGUUGUUUUAUUGGUGUUUGCUCUAGAUAACAGUCCGAAUACGUUUGCCCACUGUACUUCGUAUCAUAAUUUCAGAGAAGAACCAGUGACGCCUUAUCAAUAUGGCGGAUAUAAUUACUACCAUCCACCACCAGCACCACCACCAAUACCAUACAUCAAUAAACCUCCCAAGUAUACCCAAGAAAACGCUACAAUUAAUACAAUCGUAGACUUGGAAUAUGUGGAAGAAGACCCCAUGUACCCUUAUGACGCAAUUAGGGACUUUCUGAACAAAAAUCAUCUUUUGAAGCAGUACUUUGCUGGAAGAACCGAAAUAACCCCAGCACAUUCCUAUAGUGCUGAUUUUGACUUAGUUCCACGAGGUGGUGUGCCCGAAGAUUCAUACGAGACCCUUUGUAGGAUAAAAAAUUAUAAAGUGUUACAUCCGAAGAGGCUGAAAAACGUCAAUAACGAAUGGAAAACUAUCAUUAAUAUUCAGAACGAGUACGAGCAAGGAGUGGAGCUAAAAGUUUGCGUUGGAGAAAAUAAAGCAUGCCCUCAUAUGGACUCACUCCCUUUUGCAAUAUCCACCUACUGUUUCCAAGAUUACAUAACCAAAGAAUUGAUGGUAUAUAACAGCACCAGAAGCUUUGAUUUAUUUAGAUUUCCCUCCUGUUGCGUAUGUAAAAUAAAAAAAAACGUAUAAAUUU